AUGACGAGUACCAUUUGCUGUCCCCGUGGUCAAUUAAAACGCACUUUCUCCGAGUUCGAGCAGGCACGGGCAGCCCGACAAGUCUACAUUAACGAGGUAGCCAUACGCAGUAGUGCAUACCUGUUUUGUUCAUGGAAGAAAUCGCUGGAUGACGCCUGUCGCGCGUGGUUGACCAUUUUCGGAUCUACAACUUUGCAAGACCGAAAGUCCAUCAAGCUGAGCGAUAAAAAGCAGAGCUAUAUCUACGCUGCAACGAGACCGCUGAGAAAUCCCCAUCACUCUGUGCAUUGUGGUCUUCCUCGUGCUCACCCAUGCACGGCUCGAGGACGCUCACGCAGGAAGACUCCGUACAUUGGACAUAUGUUCCCAUUUCUGUGCCAAGGACGUUUUCAGGAUGAUAGAGAGGUACAUGCCAGAAGCAAGCGAUUCGUGAUGCACAUGCAAUAG